UUGAAGGAGGCAGAUUUUGAAAAGAAAAUGGCAGCGUCCUUGCGAACAGUAUCGUGCAGUCGAAUAUGCACGGGUUUGAGAUGUUUACAACUAGGAAGUCGAUCACAGUUCCCUGCAGUUCCGUGUCGUAAUGCCACUAUUCUAAAGAAGUUUUGGAAGGGCUCUCCAAAACCUAAACCAGUGGAAGAAGAUGUUGAUGACCUGUACGAUUUUCCAGCAAGUAGUCACAUAAGAAGUUUAGAUGCAAUGCAGUGCCUCAGAAAGAGAAGUGGUGUAAGCACAAAGAGAGGCUACUCUCCACCACACGAUGUAGAGGAAAGGAUACAGAGGAUCGCCGAAGACAUAUUUGGAGAGAAAGAAGACUGGAAGGAAACACAGUUGACCGACCGCCAAAACAAGUAUCAGUUCCUGACUCGGACAAUCAAGGAGUUUGAUCACAACAUACCUAACAUGGUCCUGACGAAGCUGGAUAAAGUCGACAACGUGGUCGGUCACUUCAGCACCGAAGUCCGGGAAACAAGUGCUCUAGAGGACAUUUCUAAACUUGACCUCCCCAAAAACUUACACAUGAACUUAGACUAUAUCCGAUUUCACGACGAGAAAGAAAAAUUAUUCAGCGGUAAAACAGCCUUUCCUACACGGCCUACCAUCGUUCACAGUAUCAAGCACAAAAGACAAUACAAGGGAUCAAAACCGGAAUGAAAGGAUUAUCUGCCCUUUGCUGCCAUCAUUUUGGAAACUUGUUGUUUGUCUUAAAGGUUCCCUGUACCACUACAGGCAAUUGUAACAAUGUAUUGGAAACUAUUUAAAAAAAAGACAAUUCUGAUUAUUCAUAGCUGUCAACCCUCCCUCAUUAGGAAGGAGGCUCCCUCAUUUUGACCAAAAUUUACCAAUCUCCCUCAAAAUUUCCUUGUUCAAGUCCAAACUCCCACAAACUCAAAAUAUGCAUCCUGUAGUCAAAUGAUCUCCUAAUUAAUGCAGGGUGUGUGUAAUGAUCAUAACAGGUGUAUCUGAAUCAAAUUAAGCUAUUUUGAUGCAUAAAACCAACAUGACUGUAGCUUUAACUUUUGAAAAGAAAAAGGCAAUUCAUAGCUGUCAACCCUCCCUCAUUAGGAGGGAAACUCCCUCAUCUUGACCAAAAUUUACCAAUCUCCCUCAAAACUUCCUUGUUCAAGUCCAAACUCCCACAAACUCAAAAUAUACAUCCUGUAGUCAAAUGAUCUCCUAAUUAAUGCAGGGUGUGUGUAAUGAUCGUAACAGGUGUAACUGAAUCAAAUUAAGCUAUUUUGAUGCAUAAAAACAAGAUAGAUAAAUUAAGCAUAGCAAUCUCGGUCAUAUUUCACACACUUUCUCCCGCAUUAUGAAUGUGGAGUGAGAGAGAUCUCCCUUAUUGGAGGUUUCAGAGGGUGACACCUACGAGACAUACGUUUUGUAGCUGAAUUGUGAAAAGAGAUAUUAACAGUGUUCUGAAUGAAAAAAUGCAAUGUUCGUACUCUGGCCAAGUUACACAUCAGAUACUGUAUUUAUCUUGCAAUAAAACUUAGGGGGACAACUAGGGCUGUCACAAUAUAUCGGAAAACAGGUAUGUAUAAUCACAAUACACGGGUAUAUUGUAUCGUACCACAAUACAGAGAUGAAAUAUUGCUGUAUUGCAAUAUUUUUCAGAAGCUUAUUUUUAUGUAUGAAGCAUAAAGCAGGCUUUCAAUAGUUCAAAUUUUGUAAUCGAUGGUUGGUUCGACAAAAAUCUUAAAUCUGUGUAAUCCAUAUUACACAUGAUUAAGUUUGAUAACAUUCUGACAACAAUUAAUUAUGAAAUUGAGCACAUCUUUCCUAUGACAAUAUAUCGGGAUACGUAUCGCAAUAUAUUCAUUCUGUAUUGCAAUAUAUCAUGAUACACUCUUGGUGCAUUGUGACACCCCUAGGGACAACACAUAAUUUCUUACUCAAAGAAGGAAAUGGGCUUAUUACAAAUAAAUAAUAACAGCAAUUGUUGAAAUUUCUACUGAAAUGCAUUAGGUAUGGGUGGGCUUAAUACCAGAUAUUGUCUUAUUGUAAGAUAAAUACAGUAUAUCCAAAAAACAAAAAGACAGGGAGGUUACUCUGUAUGGAAAAAAUAGAACUCUCUAUAGUGUUUCGUCUACAGUGGGACAGGCAUCCUUAAAAGACAAAUUCUAGAUAAGAACCAUCACUUGAAACCAUAAAGCAAGUUUUCUGUUUUACUAUUGGAGACUGUGUGGUAUUGUAUAAUAUUUAGAAACUUUGUUGAUAUAAAGCAAGUAUGAGAAUUUGUAUAAAUUUUGUUCUGGAGUCAUGAUAAUGAUGACAACACUUAAAUGGUAUUGUCUGUCUAAUGAAGAGUGUUUUAUAAGAAAAACUAUAUAAGUACUGAAGUAAACACACAUUAGUAUUACAGGAAUGGUAUAGCUCUGUUUCAUGUAACAGGGAAAAUAGAUUGUUUGUAUUAUCAUUAGAGACGGGUCAAACACUUAUAUUUCAGGGCUGGAAAUUGAAUGACAGAUAAAUAAAUGGAAAAUAGUGUCUGAUGAAAA